AUGACGGCUGGCUCUUCAUCUAGCCAGGCUGCAGAAGCAGCAGCAGCAGCAGCAGCAGCAGCAGAAGCAACAGGAGCAGCAACAGUAGGAGCAGCAACUGGGGCUGGCCCCACACUGGCGUCUCUGCAGCAGCAAAGAGAGCAGCAGCAGCAACAGCAACAGCAACAACAGCAGCAGGAUUCAUCUGCACAAGGUCUGCGCGAAAGCACCCCUUCAGGCCCCUCUAUAUACGGUGUUGAUAGAGAUAUCCCUGUGCUGAGUGCAGCAGCAUCAUCAUCAUCUGCUGCUGCUGCAGCAGCAGCAGCAGCAGCAGCAGGUGGUGCUGCUGGUGGUGUUAGUGGUGUUGCUGGUGCAGGCGUUGAGGGCAUAGGCAGCGGCGUCUCUUCUUCUUCAUCUGCAGCAGCAGCAGCAGCAUCUUAG